UUCAUAGAUUAAACAUAUUUUUUCGGACAGCGAGAAGUAAACUUAUAUCUAAAUUUGUAAACAAUAUGGUUAAAUUCAAUACAAACUUCAGUAUUUUUACUAUUUUCAUUUUUGGGAUGAUCCUUACGUUGAAGAUUGAAGCAACUUCUUUCAAAGAUAAAAAACAGGAUCAUUUCGCCAACAGAAAUAUAAUUAAAAGAGAGACUGUGGAGCACCUUGAAAGCUGGAAAAGAUUACUUCGAGUUAUCAAAGCUUUGAAACAUUUCGAAAACGAUUUGUUGAGUUGCAACGACGAGAAAGAAACAAGACUCGCUGAUAUUAAUGAAGUUAUUCAACUGAUGGCAGACUUUAGUGGUACGGAAGGGAUAACUGUUAUUAAACCGAAUUUUGCCAGAAUGUUUCAUUUUAAGUUAUGUCCAUUCGAUCCUACCUUAUUAAAACAAAUACAAUCGAUGAUUACAGAAUUUGCUCAUUAUUCAGACUUUAUGAAGAGAACGAAAUUUUACGGUAUGGAUGCAGAAGAUUUAGCUAAAAUUGGUCUAGUAAACAAAUAAAAUGUCCGAAAACUAAACUCAUUUUGGAUAACUUCGAUUAUGGAUAUUGCAU